AUGACAAGACGACGAUUUUAUCCUCAAAAUCAAUUUAUACUUGAUGCUGAGGGGCCUUCUGACGGCCCUAGUAGAUCAAAGAAGAAGCGCCUCCGUCGUAAGCGCAAUCGUCAACUGGAGCUAUCUUGCCUAUACAAUCUGGAUCUUGGUACGUCCAGCAAUUCUGCGAAGAUUCUACGCGGCGAUGUGGAGAGUUCGGCCAAGGUUACUAUGGUUGAAGAGAUUUUGACAGAUGAAUGCAAGGAAGACGUGAGGCCUGUUGUUGGUGAUGUAGUUGCGAAGCCACGGCUAUCUAAGUAUCGGCAAAAAGCGAAUGCUCCUCAAGAUUACUCUCCAUCGCGACAUAAGCAUGAACAAAUAAGGGACAUACCUAAAGAUGACGACUACCGAGGUAAGAGAGCCAUAGCCGUGACCAUCAAACAAGAUAAAUUGACGGACAAGAAGUCUAAGAGGGACAAUUUACUCAUUUCCGAUGCUCGCCUCAAGGCUGCUGGUAUUGAUCCUAAGUUCUACAGGUAUGGAAAAAUUCAUAAAAGUAUGAAAAAUCCAGAGGAUUUAGCUGCAGAUUAA